AUGGCGGCAUAUUUGGUUGAAAACUCAGCCGCAGAGAGCCUGGUCGUCAUCUCGUGGUGUUUCAUGGCAGCCUUCAACAGCUUGGCGGUAAUCACACUCAAGGGCAACCAAUCAAGAUACCCAGGAGGAGGAGAUGCACACCGCACAGAGAACUGGAAGCUGGACGUCUCGAAGUGGGUGAAGUGGCUCUUGUGGCUCUCGCUGUGCUUCCUGAUUGCAUCGCCCGCCAUCCUCUUUGCCAUGUCCGAGGCCUUGCCGAAAACCAAGAAGAACGGGUACGACUUCGAUUUGGACCUCGCACUGCAGGUGUGUCAUUUUGCUGCUCCCUUCAUGAGCGUUGUGAUUGACUUGCUCUUAGCCAGCUCUCUCAGCAAGAUCUUCUCCAACGCCACCGGGCUCAAGGCAGAUCGACUGCUCAUGAUGAUGAAGCUCUGCUCGGAAUGGCUCUCGCCCGUCCUUGCAACCAUUCUGCUGCACGAGAACUGUGCGGCUGGCUGGAAGCCCUUCUUUUGGAGAGUCUGUCGUGACGAGACUUCUCCACUGCACGAGCGCUUCGAUUGGCAGGUCUUUGAUGACAAAGUUCUCACUACCGAGGAGAUUUGCAGCUUUCAUUUCUUCGACCUCAAGUGGAUCAGCAAUGGUGCUUGUAGCCGGUCUGUGGUUGAAGGUAUGGGGGCGUUCCUGAUCAAGAAGACUCUGUUGAAGGCAAUUCUGAUCCCAUUCAUUUUGGCCUCAGCUUUUCACCUCUUCUUUGACCCGGACGAUCUCAACUCUGAGCAUGCGUGCAUCCGCAAGACGCGCGGGUGCUUGAAGAGACUACCACCCUGGCUCCUGGAGUUCCUGCAAGGCAAGUUGGCGAAGACAGUUAACUCCAUGCCGCAACAUGCGCAACUCACCACUUGGCUUGAAGUUGCUGUGAUAUGGGGUCCUUUGGUCCCGUUGCUGAGCCUCGCAGUGUUGGCAGCUGUCGCCACCAACUUUUUAGUCGUACAGUUGGCCCUAUCUCGCGUGAAGCAGCCCAGUGAUGCCGAUGAGAACGACUUGAGAGCGUCCAUGUCCUACUCGUACUUGCACCUUGCGGCGAUGUCAAGUUGGGUCCUGCAACUCUGGUAUGCCUUCAGCACUGGUCUUCGCUGCGGCUUCUUGUUGCUGCCGCUUGGAGUCCUUGUGAUGCUGCCACAAACGCUGAUGAGGCCCGUCCUCAGGUGGUUUCCCUGGAUCCAGAAGUGGCUGGAAGCUGAGACGCCCAACGAGCCGCAUGGGAUGAAUGCCAUCGAAUUGGCGGCGCCGUGUGGGUGA